AUGAAGGCAUCAAAUAUCAACAAAUCUGGAAUGUUAAGAAUUCGAGCAGUCAACACAGAGCAUACAUGUCCUUUAAAAGAUAUAGUUUAUUCACAAAGACAGGCAACUAGCAAUUUGAUUGGAGGGAUUGUGAAACCUAAAUUGGUAGAUCACAAGCGUAAAUAUACACCAUAUGACAUUAAAAAGGAUGUUAAGAUUGAUCUUGGAGUUGAUGUUAACUAUAUGUUGGCUUGGAGGGCCAAAGAGAAAGCUUUGAAAUCUUUGAGGGGUACACUAGCUGGAUCGUAUGCAAAAUUACCUGCUUAUUUGUAUAUGAUGGAUAUUACUUCCCCGGGAUCUCAUAUAUGUAUGAAAAAGAGUAUUAAUAAUGAGUUCUUGUAUUUAUUUGUUGCAUUGAAUAUAUUUAUACAGAGAUUUAUGCAUUGUAGAGCAGUAGUUGUGGUGGAUGGUAGUCACCUGAGAGAAUCAUAUAAUGGGACAUUUGUGGCAGCAAGCACGAUAGAUGGUGUUGUGUCAGAUAAAAAUGAGAGCAUUAUUAAGAGUGUUACAAAAGUAUAUGAUAAUGUACCACAUUACGCUUGCUUGCACGCAAAAUGA